AGAGGUUGUGCGGCUGUUAUAUAUUAGAGAGGCGCCUGCAAACAACCGUCUCUUUAGGGCGUACCCCAAACAAACAAACACUAAAACCGAAACGAAACAGUAUAUUAAAAUCUCUCGUUCAAUUCCUUGGGCAAACACCAAACAGUUAUCCCUUAUCCAAUAUCUUCUAGGGGUUCUUCGGAAGAUCUAACCAGAACAGUCGAACAAGAUGGAUAGGUACAAGAGAGUGGAGAAGCCUAAGGCUGAUACACCAAUUGCUGAGAAUGAGAUUCGUAUCACCAGUAUGGGUAGGGCACGGAACUACAUCACAUAUGCGAUGACUCUUCUUCAGGAGAAAAAAUCGAAUGAAGUUAUCUUCAAGGCUAUGGGAAGAGCUAUCAACAAGAGUGUGACCAUUGUUGAGCUUAUUAAGAGAAGGAUUCCUGGUCUUCAUCAGAUUACAUCUAUUGGAUCCACGGACAUAAAAGAUACCUAUGAACCUACAGAGGAAGGCCUUCUUCCAAUUGAGACCACAAGGCAUGUGUCGAUGAUUAGCAUAACACUUUCGACUGAAGAGUUGAACACAUCCUCAGUUGGGUACCAGUGUCCCAUUCCUGUUGAGAUGGUGAAGCCAUUAGCUGAGGUUGAGGUUGAGGUUGACUAUGAAGGGCGAGAGGGAUCUCCUAGAGGCAGAGGAGGAAGAAGAGGUAGAGGAGGAAGAGGAAGGGGAAGAGGCGGCAGAGGUAAUGGAUAUGUGAAUGCUGAGUAUGAUGAUGGAGGAAGGGGAAGAGGUGGCAGAGGAAGCGGAUAUGCAAACAAUGAGUAUGAUGAUGGAGGAAGGGGACGAGGCGGCAGAGGAAACGGGUAUGUGAACAAUGAGUAUGACGAUGGUGGUAGGGAGCAGGACCGGUCAUAUGGCAGAGGACGGGGGCGUGGGAGAGGAGGACGUGGUGGUCGUGGAAGAGGAGGUUACAAUGGUCCCCCAGCUCACUAUGAAGCUCAACAAGAUGGUCCUCCAGCAGAAUAUGGAUACAAUUAUGGUGCUCCAGCAGAGUACCCUCCUCCACCUCAGGGCCGUGGACGUGGCCGUGGAAGGGGAGGAGGCCGUGGAAGAGGAGGAGGCCGUGGUGGAUUCAACAGAUCAAAUGGAGCACCAAUUCAGGCUGCUGCUUGAGUGACCAGGGUCAUUGAAUGGACUUGGGUCGUUUCUACAUUCUCAUGUUUUUUUGUCUCUUUUUCGUCAAAACAACUUAUUGCCGUAGAAUAAUCUCUCGUUCAUGUUGCCUUUUUAGGUUAUAUAUAUGUUCAUUUAUUUUUGGACGCCGUCUUGGAUGAUUCCAGUUUUUGUUCCUUCUAAUUUCUAUCAGCUUUCCAGUUUUGUCUCUG